AUGGAAAUGAACCAUCUCAUAGGCCAGCGGUUCAACCUCAUCUCAAAGAGCGAUAUUCGCUACGUUGGCACACUUCACGAAAUCAACCCCGAAGCAUCGACAAUCGCACUUGAGAAUGUCGUGUCGCACGGUACUGAAGGACGACGAGGCAACCCUAGCGAAGAGAUCCCUGCGUCGACAACAAUCUACGAAUACAUCGUCUUUCGAGGCAGUGAUGUGAAGGAUAUCAGUGUCGCCGAGGAGAAAAAAGAGCCAGAAGUACCUCCUUCACAAGUUCCAGACGACCCUGCCAUCCUCGACCUGUUCCGAGAGCGCAAACCCAUGUGGAUAUUUCCAGCAUGCCCCGCCCUGGUCCUCAAGCUCCCCAACAGCAACAACAACCUCCUCCAGGUCCUUCAGCGCCCCCAGGGCCUCCCGGUCCUCCCGGUCCAGGCGGCCGACCUGGUCCACCUCCCGGUUAUCCUCAACAACCUCCGUUCCAAGGCUACGGCUAUCCUCCCUAUGGUCAGCAACGUUUCGGUCCUCCUGGUUAUGGACCUCCUGGUCCAGGUUUCCCUCCAUAUGGUGCUCCUCCUGGAUGGUUUCCACCUCCUGGCCAAGGCUUCCCACCUGGUCCGCCAGGUCAAUUUCCUGGACACCAAGGCCCAAUUGGACCACCUGGUCAGCAACGUCCAGGACCAGGAGCUCCUAUUAACGCUCCCAAACCGACGUGCUGCGCCAGAAGGCCCAACUCCCCCAGUCGAAUCCAAGCCUACUGUCGCAGAGGUCGCUCGUGGACCUGCUCCUGUAGCACCUCAGGGUCCGGCUACAACUGCGCCUGCUCCUCAGGCACCAUCCAAAUUACCUCCCAAUGGCCCGAAGAACGAUCGUUUCAUCCCCGCUAUUCCCAUCGCCAAUCCACCCGUCAAGCCAACAAUCCCGCUUUCGACCGCACAGCAGGGUGUAGUUGCUGCAUCUCAAAGCACAGCACAGGCAGCCAUCACGGAAGCCACACGAGCCGCGACAGCUGCUGUUGCAGCGGCCAUGGCUAAACUUCCGCAACCUGGCGCAAAGAAACCGAAUGAGGCUGGUGUUGACGACAUGACCAAGAGAUUCAAUGACCUGAAGCCUUAUGACAACAACCGUACGACUCGCGGCGCACACCAUGGCCCACGCGGCGGUCGUGCUCACGGCCCGCGAGGUGGUCCACAUGUUGCAGGCAAGAAGUUGGAACUUCCGGAUGCUGAUUUCGACUUUGAAUCCUCCAACGCCAAGUUCAACAAGCAAGAUCUAGUAAAGGAGGCUAUCGCUACUGGAUCUCCUAUCGUUGAGGAGGAGAAGGAGCCCCAUAGGCCGGAAGAGGUGCCCUCGAGCCCUUCGGCAGCGCCUUCAGCAUAUAACAAAUCUUCGUCGUUCUUCGACAACAUCUCGAGCGAGACCCGAGAUCGGGAAGAGAACACAGCUCGCCCUCGUGAACGCCGUGGUGAAGAAGAAAAGAAGAACAUCGAGACCUUUGGUCAGGGCAGUGUCGAUGGCUAUCGCGGAUAUCGUGGACGCGGUAGAGGACGCGGCUAUGGCCGAGGAGGAUACAAUCGUGGAUACGGAAACCGGGGACGAGGCAACUACCGUGGCCGCGGUGCUUCGCAGUCUACUGGUGUUCCCACACAAACUUAG